CCCAAUCGGUACGGAUCUUCGAGUUAUGGUUCGGUGUGGUUUCAGCGCGGUAUUCAGAAUCGGUAUAAUCGUCGUGCCCUCGUCGAGGACACGUAGUGCUGAUGAGUGGCUUCCGCUUUAAGGUGGGAAAUAUAAUUAAAUAUAACGCUCGUGGCGGAGCAGCGUCUCAUCCGCAGAGAUAGUACGUGCAAUAGAUGGGUAAUCCGGUGGAUAAAUAAUAAGAAGGUGACGUGCAAUUGAGUGCACGUGAGGAUGAAGGUAUGUGGAAUAUCUUAUUGAGGAAGUGAUGUGUUAGAAAAAAUUCUGUCACGAUCUGAUGACCCCUUUAAGCUGGGAUUACCUGCGUGAGGACAUCGUGGUUUGGGUUCGGUCGAAUAUGUUCAAUAAUUUCAUUGGCGAGUGGCAUGUGACAGGGAGGCAUCGAUGAAUGUGGUGCAACUCGGGUUGACAUUCGGAUAGCAGCUGGAGUCUGGCAGUGUAUGAUGUAAAAUGGAGUUGGCGUGGAUAAAAAGAAUGGGGAUUUAUGUGCAAUGCGGCGACAGCUAACUGUACAAACGUGAUAUAUUGGAUUAAACAAUCUUUUUGACGUGCGACAUAAGGCCGUCAGUGGAUUUGCUGUUCAACUUGCGUUUUGCCGAAUCGGAUGCUGGAGAUGUGUUUGUGAACCGAUACAACAAUGUUAUUGUAAUAGCGACAUUUCGAAAUAUUGGAUUGACGUGAGCUGGGAUAUGAAUUUGUGGGGAUUCCUUGUGAUAGUUGAUGCGAAUGGAGAAAUUAGCAUCUGUGAAAUGUGCUGGUGAACAUCGAGUCGUGUGGAAUAGCUCACAAAGAAUAAAGGGAUUAUUACAGGUGAUCAUCCAUUGGUGGUUCGCAUUUACUGCCGGUUGAUGGCAGAUUUUUCGGGCAUUUGAAUAGCGAGUAAAAAGGAUUUAUACGAUAGAAACAAUGAACUACUGCAGUCAUGGCUCGGGCAUGAAAGUAGUGAUAGUGUUUGUCAUGUAUUUGAACUUAGGAAUAUCAAACUCAUUGCACCCCAGUGAGCGAAGCCGGCGAUCGGCUUCAUCGUCGGAACUGCACCAACUCGAGCGUCCAGACGGACCGGACAUGGGCGAGAACGAAAUUUACGACUCGGAUGAGAGCAAUCUGCUCCGGACACCGCUCGACCGGGGGCCCUAUUUUGAUUUAUCAGCCUCGAAGAAUAUCACGGCCCUGGUGGGAAAAACCGCCUAUCUCAACUGUCGGGUGAGGAACCUGGGUAAUAAAACGGUUUCCUGGGUUCGACAUCGCGAUAUACACCUUUUAACUGUAGGUAGAUUUACAUACACAUCGGAUCAACGGUUCCAAAGUGUGCACAACGUCCAAACCGAUGAUUGGUCGCUGCAGAUCCGGUACCCUCAGAAACGAGACACCGGAGUGUAUGAGUGCCAAAUAUCCACCACACCACCCGUAGGACACUCGAUGCACCUUUCGGUGGUAGAACCCGUCACCGUUAUUGUAGGUGGUCCGGAUAUUUACAUCAACACCGGAUCAACGGUAAACCUGACGUGUGUUGUGCAAAACUCCCCCGAGCCACCGUCCACCAUCAUCUGGACCCACAACAAUCAGGAAAUUAAUUAUGACUCACCGCGGGGCGGUGUGUCGGUGAUAACGGAGAAAGGAGAGACGACCACCUCGUACCUGCUGAUCCAACGGGCCAAGGGAACCGAUUCGGGCAAAUACGUGUGCUCGCCAUCGAACGCCAACUCGUAUUUCAUCAAUGUUCACAUACUGAACGGUGAGCACCCAGAAGCAAUGCAGCACGGUGGGCAGCUGCGGAUAGGUGACCCACUGCACGUGUUCGUCUUCGUUAUUAUCACUCUGCUGCUGAGCAGCCGAUGAAGUUUGCUCCGUGGUGCGAAAAUCGCUUGACCAGGUUUUAGCCUGGAUUGGGAUCGAAGGGCAACGAGAGCAGCUAGUAGUAAUAAAAUUGAUGCCAAGCGGGAGAAUGACGGCGGUGAUCACCAUCAUCAAAAUUAUGAUAACGAGAUAUGCGAUACGUGGCAGUGGAGUUCAACUCGGAUAGGGGUAUUAAAUCAUUAGUUUAAUUCUUUCAAAGUUCGAUUUAAUUCAUUACUUAAUAUUGAUAAAUUAUGAUUAUUGAUAUUCGCUGAGUUAUAAUUAAUUUUAGCCGGUUUUUUAUGUUUUCUAGGUGUAAUUACACCUAGAACAACAUGUCAAUCACCAUGUUGUACAACUGCCUCACUUUUGUUUUUAAUGUUUUUUUCAUUACGAUAGAACAUCGAAUGCAAUCUGAUUUAUUUUUGAAAUAAAGCGAAUUGAUGAAUGGCUCAUCCCUCUGUGCAGGAUAAAGUGAUUCGCACGUAUUCCGUGAACAGACCAACCGCUGCGGGAAAUUUGUAUAAUAACGAAUAUAAUUCGUGUUGAUUUAAUAUGGUUAGGUUAAGCAUUUCACUACAAGCGAGAUGAGGUCUGCGGUCCCAUGUUGGAGGUGGGAUUUAGUGGGUUGUGUUUUACAAUUAUUAUCACAAGCGGGAGCAUUUGUAACUGAAACUGGUAAGCGUUAGCCGUUUUGUUUUUCUAUGGAACUGUUGAACCAAAAAAAAAAAAGAUGAAUAGAAACUGAGUGAAUGGAAUGUGUAAAUAUGAAGAUGAAAAAAAAGUGACUAAUAAGAUAAAUAUUUUAAGAGAUUUUAAAUAAAAAUGUGAAAAGUU